UGAAAUGUUUGAAGAACUGAAUAGAAAAACAAGUCAGAGCUCUACAAUUUCUGGAUUCUGUCUGAUUUUUUUUGUCGCAAACCAACACUUGGUGUCAGGAGUGGGAUGCGAUGCCGAUGUCCAGAUAUGCGCUAAUUAUGGGUCCAAAGCAGCAGACGAAAAGCCUCUAAGUGGCAGAAGCAGCGCCAGUGGAGGAGCCAGAGCAGGAAGGAGCUACAGGUCAGUCCAGUGAUGAAACAGCAUCUGUGGACAUGAGCAACAUUGCUGGCAUGCUGGAAAGAUGUCUUCAGUUCCAGAGUGACUUUGUUGAAAGGUGGGACAAAGAAAAGAGUAAGCAAGAAAGGAGAUGGCACCAGAUACAAGUGGAAGUUGGCAAUCUGAGAGAUGAUCUGGGGAAGCAGCAGAAGACUGAAGAUGAAGCUCAAGCCGGCCCCUCUUUAGAAGCAGAUGUAGAGCCAGCUUCUCAGCAUCAAUCUAAAGGUGAGCCAGUACAAAGUGCAUGGACUCAAUCGGAUAUUCCAAAGUUUGAGGAGGGAGAUGACAUUGAACAAUACCUGACAACCUUUGAAAGGUUAGCAACAGCAUACCGGUGGCCCGAGAGGGACUGGGCAAUAAGGUUGGUACCUCAUCUCACCGGUAGGGCCCGAGCAGCAUAUGUGGCUAUGGCUGCAGAGGAUUCUUGUGAUUAUGCUGAAGUAAAGGCAGCCAUCUUAACAAAGUAUGAGAUUAAUGAAGAAAUGUACCGACAACGAUUUAGAGAGCCGGAGGUCCGUGUGAAUGAAACCCCCCGAGAGUUCUAUAACCGUCUGAAAGACCUUUACCUGAAAUGGAUGCAACCUCAGGGAAAAAGAAAGGAUGAUAUUGGGGAGAUUCUCAUCUUGGAACAGUUCUACAGUUCUUUGUCACCAGAGCUGAGAAUAUGGGUCAAAGAGAGGAACCCAGCAUCGGCACAAGAAGCAGCAGAACUUGUUGAAAACUUCUUGGCUGCAAGACGGGGACCAAAAACCUUCCGACACAACCUUCAACAGAAGGCCAGCUUAAUGCAGGGUCUACAGAUUGUUGGGCAUAAAGGAUAUUCGGACCACCCCCUACCAUCCACAGACUGAUGGGCUGGUGGAGAGGUACAACAGGACAUUAAAGAUUCCACAGGCAUCCACUGGCUUUUCUCCAUUUGAACUUCUGUAUGGCAGGCAGCUGAGGGUCCCUCUGGAUGUUCUUCAAGAGUCCUGGGCUGGCAUGAGGGAUCAGUCAACCAAUGUCAUCAGCUACAUUUUAAAUAUGAGACAGAAGAUGGAGGAGACAACCAACCUCGUCAGAAGGCACCUGGAGAAGGUUCAACAGCAGCAACAGACCUGGUAUGAUAAAAUGGCCAGGUGCAGAUCCUUCAAACCAGGUCAGAAGGUUCUUUUAUUACUUCCAACAUCUGACAAUAAACUUUUAGCAAAAUGGCAGGGGCCAUACACUGUUGUAAAGAAGCUAAGUGCUACCACCUAUGAGAUUGAGAUGCCUGAAAGAAGGAACCCAAAGCAAACCUUUCAUAUCAAUCUGAUUAAAGAGUGGAAAUCCCAGGCUCUGCCCCUUAGUCAUCAGUGCUUUGUGCAUGCUGUGGAAGAGGAAGAUGAUGAUGAGGCUGAGAUGCCAUCUGUAAAAGACUCUGUUAUUUCACUUGACCUCUCUCAUCACACCCUCACCAGCAACAGGAGUUGGAGGACAUUAUUUCUUCAGAUCUCUUCAAAGAACAACCAGGUUCAACAGUCUUGGUAGAACGCGAUAUUCAUCUGAAGACCAGUGUCCCCAUUCGGCAACGAAUGUAUCGUAUUCCAGAGAAGAUGUCUCCUGUAUUGAAGGAGGAAAUUGAGGUCAUGUUGAAGCUUGGCAUGAUUGAACCAUCCACCAGUGAAUGGAGCAACCUGGUGGUUUUGGUAAUCAAGAAGGAUGGGAGCAUCUGUUUUCGUAUUGACUUUAGAAAGGUAAAUGCUUAAUCAGAUUUUGAUGCCUACCCAUUACCAAGGUUGGAUGGUCUCAUUGAAUGUGUUGGGCAGGCUAAAUAUAUAAGUACCUUAGAUCUUUGCAAGGGAUAUUGGCAGGUUCCUCUGACAGAUGCUAAGCCUGUCACUGCCUUUAGGACCCCGCAGGGAUUAUGGCAGUUUACGAAGAUGCCUUUUGGACUUCAUGGCGCACCCGCCACAUUUCAAAGACUGAUUAAUAAGGUACUGUCAGGUAUGGAGUCAUUUACUGCAGCUUACCUUGACGAUAUUGUCAUUUACAGCAACUCAUGGCAGGAACAUUUAAUUCAUAUGAGACGGGAAAUAUCUAAAACUAUUUUAUUAGAAUUGUAUAUUCGCUAUGGGAGGAUGGAGAAUUGCCAAAACUUUGGAAAUAAGCAGUGAUUAUACCAAUUCGAAAAUCAGGGAAAGAUUAAUCAAAACCAGAAAAUGAUCGGCAUAUAGCUUUAACAUCCAACAUAUGUAAAAUAAUGGCGAGAAUGAUAAAUAAAAAAUUGUUACAUGGAAAA